AAUCAGACCUCUCAUCACCGAGCACUUUACUGACUAACUUGGUCACUUCCGCGUUUGGAAGCGUCACCUGGUUCGAUGUCGUGCGAAACACCCUGGGGCGCUGAGUGCUCCUCUUGACAUCCCUCCUUGUCCAUCCACAUCACGAGUGUCACAACCGUCAGAGGUACUGUGACCACCCAGUAUAUCCACAUCUUCGCAAAACUGUCAGCGAGUGAGGGUCGCCAUUGUCCUCGUCGCCCCAGUCGAACAUGUCGCUGCUGAACAAAGUGGCCAUGAACGUGCCGGGAUGGAACACGAUACCGAGUAUCGCGAUGGUUUUCAUAGCAGUGCUGUCGCGGCUGCCGUCUACUGCGAUAGUGGCGGUGUAUUCAAAAUCGCUUUGCGUGAUGGUGUUGAGCAUCUACCCCCCACUGUCAGUCGCUGCAUAUGCAUCAGGUUGGGGAAGAACCACUUACAAAUACCGUCUGGCUCUACACCCUGUCUCUCAUCUGUUGAAUCUGCGACAACAGCAUCGCAGCCCGGCGUCGCAUGUACUCCACGUCCUGAGCGACUAUCGGGCGCACCUGCUUCAUGCUCGGCACGUACUGGCUGUCUUGUGGGAAUUGCCCGUCCAGCACCGGUUCGUUCAAUGUUUUGACAAGCUACUCUCCACACUCGAGACAGCAUCUCGCCACAUGACUGAUGAUAGCAAGAUCGGUCUGACAGUAGCUCAGUUGCUGGAUGAUAUUCUUCGGAUCCUCAAGCGCAGGGGACUCGUCCAUGCUAAGCAUCUAGGUCGCAAUCCUUUUACGGUACAUUGGGAACAAAGUCUCUAGGUAGUCCUCGAGCGCCACUCUGGCUUGCUGCACCUACUCAGCAUCAAGAUCACGGUGCUUAAGGCGCGCUCAUCGAAACUCGCCAGCUGCUACCGUCCCCAGGGACUAGUGCCAUGAAACCUGCAUUCGAAGUCGCAGUUGAUGCUCAGGUGUGAUUCCUGCUUUGGAUGACCGCGUCGGUCGUGCUUGGAGCAGAAACAGGGGCAUGAU